GCUAUAUAUCGCUUUCAUUUAACACAAACAAAGCAAAAGCAUCUUCUCAAGACUCAGAAUAUUUUGCCCGAGAAACUUUUUAACUCCUAGUCUGUUACUUCUAUGCUACUGCAAUUGUGCAAGAGAUGCUUUACCAUUGAAUGGAUAUAUAUUUUCUUUAUAAUGGUUACUUUUAAGCACUUCAUAUAACCAACUAGAGAGUGCUAUAUCAGAUUCUCUUUUACCUUUACACAUUUCUGUUUAAUUUACCAGACGAUUUUUUUUUUUGAGCUGUUUAUGCAACUAAGCGGAGAGUGCCUUUUCAGAUUCGUUAUACAACUUCAUACAUCUGAGGCACUGUCUUGUGCUGUCUUGGUAAAAGUAUGUCGGAAGAGCAGUGCACAGAGACACCGUUGAAGAAUAAGAAAUAUUAUGAGAAUUGUCCUGGUUGUCAGGUUGAUAAGCUCAAAGAGUUAAAACAAGGUUUACCCAUUCAGGAAAUUGUUUCUUUGUGGUUUGUUGCAGUUUGCAAUGCACUGUCAAUAUCUUCACUUUUUCCCUUCCUUUACUUCAUGAUAAGGGAUUUCCAUAUUGCAAAAAGGGAGGGAGAUAUUGGCUACUACGCUGGCUUUGUGGGGUCUUCAUAUAUGAUUGGCAGAGCUUUGACAUCUGUCUUAUGGGGAUUAGUGGCUGAUCAUUAUGGACGAAAACCUGUAAUAUUAUCAGGGACAAUCUCAGUGGUUAUUUUGAGCACUCUCUUUGGGCUUAGUAUAAACUUUUGGAUGGCUCUCAUCACAAGAUUUCUUUUGGGGAGUAUGAAUGCUUUACUUGGAACAAUAACAGUAUGGAAAGCAUAUGCUGUUGAAGUUAUGCGUGAAGAACACCAAGCUUUAGGACUGUCAACAGUGUGCACAGCAUGGGGGAUAGGACUCAUCAUGGGCCCAGCAGUGGGUGGUUUUUUGGCUCAGCCAGCAGAGAAAUAUCCAUAUAUAUUCUCCAAAGAAUCCUUAUUUGCGAAGUUUGCAUACUUCUUACCCUGCUUUGUCAUGUCACUUAUUGCUUUGGGAGUUACUAUUGCAUCUUGUUGGCUUCCGGAGACGUUGCACAUCCAUAAUGAAGAUGAUGUAUCAUGUGAUUUCUCAAAUGAUGACAUGGAAUCUGCAUCCUGUGGGUCUGACGCAUAUCAUAAAGAACAUGAAGGAAGCAAGAAAACUUCCAAGGGAAACCUCAUUAAGAAUUGGCCCUUAAUGUCAUCUAUUAUUGUUCACUCUAUUGUUGCACUGAAUGACAUGGCUUACACAGAGAUAUUUUCACUCUGGGCUGUCAGCCCUAGGAGGUAUGGGGGUCUGUAUUAUUCAACCGAAGAUGUUGGUGAAGUUCUUGCAAUUUCAGGUCUCUGUCUCCUUGUUUUCCAAUUCACUGUUUAUCCAAUGCUGUCAAAUAUUUUUGGGCAUAUAGUGCUGGCACGCAUAGCGGGGGUUUUGACCAUACCCCUUUUGACAAGUUACACUUUCAUAGCUAAGUUAUCAGGAUUCAGCCUUGCCUUGUCAAUAAAUUGUGCUUCUGCGCUGAAGAAUAUCUUAAUUGUGGCUAUGGAAACUGGAUUAUCCCUUCUGCAAAACCGUGCAGUGGAGCAGCAUCAAAGAGGAGCUGCAAAUGGAAUUGCUAUAACAACGAUGUCACUUUUCAAAGCUGCAGGUCCAGCUGGAGGAGGCGCCCUUUUGUCUUGGGCACAAAAGCGCCAAGAUGCUGUCUUCCUCCCAGGGGAUCAAAUGAUUUUCUUUAUGCUAAAUGUGGUUAUGGCGAUUGCAGUAAUAUUGUCAUUCAAACCUUUUCUAACUUAGUGCCAUGAGUAGAUAGAUGGCUCUAUUCAACUCUCCAGCGUAGCCUGGAAUAAGUAUGAGCAUCUUAACUUUUUUGUGAGGCAUGAUAUUGUGUAUGAAGUAUGUGCAGAUAUGUUAGUUCUGUGAUUACCUAGGAGAAGUCUCAAGGACUCUCUGAAAUUGGAUUGUUGUAACUGUUUUCAAUAAAACUAAGUGCAUUUAUAAUA